AUGGUAGAAGGAAGGAUUGGAAUUCGGAAGUAUCGGUUUCUCAUAGACACUGGUGCUUCACGUUCAGUCAUUCGGCCAAAUGUCGCAAACAGCAAUAAUACUACAAAUGUGAGCCUUUUCUCCCUGAAAACAGCCAGUGGAGAACUGAUGCCCAUAAAAGGACUGGCGGACUUAGAAUUUGAGCUCGGGUGUCAGUCAUUCGGGCAUGAAUUUUUGAUAGCAAACAUAACUGAUGAUUGCAUUUUAGGUAUAGAUUUUCUACAGAAAUUUGGAUUUUCCAUUAACAUUAGCGGAGGAACUUUGUUGUACGGAAAUGUGGAGGUUUCUUUGUUAGGUGAUAGUGAAGAAGGAAACAAUCGAAUGAUGAAAAUACUAUUGACGGAGGAUACAAAUCUGCCUGCACAGUCCGAAUCAAUUAUUUGGGGAAAGUUAGAGAACGGACAUGAAAAGUCGGGAACGGCGCUAAUCGAAGGAACGGAAGACAAUUACGACGGAGUGGCUGUAGUGAAAACGCUGGUCAUGAUCGGUAAAGAUCAUCAGAGAGUACCUGUCAGAAUCAUGAACCUUGGUUUGAGGGAGAAGCAUCUACGAAGGGAUAGUUACAUUGCUAAAUGCCAUACAAUCGACCUAAUUAAGAAUUGCAACAUUAACAACGUUUCUUUUACGCCCACUGAAUCGAUCAACCCUCAAAUUACCAGGCUUUUGACAGAAACCAAGGGGAACCUAUCUGAAGAGCAGUAUAGCAAAGCUAAAGAGUUGAUAAUGAAAUUUGCAGACAUCUUUCCAUCUGAUGAUUCAGAAUGCGGAAGAACAGACAUGAGCGGAUACUGGCAGGUGGGAAUGCAUCCUGAGGAUAAAGAGAAAACGGCUUUCUCUGCUGGCAACGGUCUUUGGCAGUUCACUGUGAUGCCUUUUGGUCUCUGUAAUGCUCCCGCCACUUUUGAAAGAUUGAUGGAGCGCGUUUUACAAAGACUUCAUUGGAACACGUGUCUUGUAUAG